AAAAAGCUCUUGUUACCGGAAAUAACUGCUCAUUUUCCACUCCUCCCUCCUAGGUCACACUUUUGAGAAAAAGAAUCUGCAUUCUGGGAACCAGAAGAAAAAUAUGAGACGGGAAGCAUCGUGUCAUGUGUGUGCUGCCUUUGGCUGAGCGUGUGGAGUCUUGCUCAGGUGGUGGGCACAGUGUGUUUGAUCGUGGUGGCUUAAGGGGAACCUGGUGUUCAGAGCUGUGACUGUGGCUGCACUCAGAGAAGCUGCCCUUGGCUGCUGGUAGCGCCGGGCCUUCUCUCCUCGUCAUCAUCCAGAGCAGCCAGUGUCCGGGAGGCAGAUGAUGCCCCGCUCCAGUCUGCAUCCAUCCAUCCCGUGUCCCAGGGGUCACGGGGCCCAGAAGGCAGCCUUGGUUCUGCUGACUGCCUGCCUGGGGACCCUUUGGGGGCUAGGAGCAUCACCAGAGCACACUCUCCGGUGCCUGGUGCUCCACCUAGCCUCCGUGCAGCUGGGACAGCUGUUAAAUGGGGUCUGCAGCCUGGCCGAGGAGCUGCGCCACAUCCACUCCAGGUACCGGGACAGCUACUGGAGGACUGUGCAGGCCUGCCUGGGCUGCCCGUUCCGCCGUGGGACCUUGUUGCUGCUGUCCAGCUAUUUCUACUAUUUCCUUUCAAAUGCGUUCAGCCUGCCCUUCACUUGGAUGCUUGCCCUCCUGGGCCUCUCGCAGGCACUGAACAUCCUCCUGGGCCUCAAGGGCCUGACCCCAGCUGAGAUCUCUGCAGUCUGUGAAAAAGGGAAUUUCAACGUGGCCCAUGGGCUGGCAUGGUCAUAUUACAUCGGAUAUCUGCAGCUGAUCCUGCCAGGACUCCAGGCCCGGAUUCAAACUUACAAUCAGCAUUACAACAACCUGCUACGGGGUGCAGUGAGCCAGCGGCUGUAUAUCCUCCUCCCGUUGGACUGUGGGGUGCCUGAUAACCUGAGUAUGGCUGAUCCCAACAUUCGCUUCCUGGAUAAACUGCCCCAGCAGACCGCUGACCGUGCUGGCAUCAAAGAUAGGGUUUACAGCAAUAGCAUCUAUGAGCUUCUGGAGAACGGGCAGCGGGCAGGCACCUGCGUCCUGGAGUACGCCACCCCCUUGCAGACUUUGUUUGCCAUGUCACAACAUGGUCAAGCUGGAUUUAGCCGGGAGGAUCGGCUUGAGCAGGCCAAACUCUUCUGCCGGACACUUGAGGACAUCCUGGCAGAUAACCCUGAGUCUCAGAACAACUGCCGCCUCAUUGUCUACCAGGAACCUGCAGAUGACAGCAGCUUCUCACUGUCCCAAGAGGUUCUCCGGCACCUGCGGCAGGAGGAAAAGGAAGAGGUUACUGUGGGCAGCUUGAAGACCUCAGCGGUGCCCAGUUCCUCCACAAUGUCCCAAGAGCCUGAGCUCCUCAUCAGUGGAAUGGAAAAGCCCCUCCCUCUCCGCACGGAUUUCUCCUGAGACCCAGGGUCACCCUGCCAGAGCCUCCAGUGGCCUCCAAGCCUCUGGACUGGGGGCUUUCUUCAGUGGCUGCAUGUCCAGCAGAGCUAUUUCCUUCCACAGGGGGCCUUGCAGGGAAGGGUCCAGGACUUGACAUCUUAAGAUGAGUCCUGUCCCCUUGGGCCAGUCGUUUCCCCUCUCUGAGCCUCGGUGUCUUCAACCUGUGAAGUGGGAUCAUAAUCACUGCCUUACCUACCUCACAGUGAGGACUGAGUGUGUGGAAGUUUUUUUGUUUUUGUUUUUGUUUUUUUUUUUUUUUUUUGAGACGGAGUCUCGCUCUGUCGCC